AUGCAAAAUAUUGUGCAUCCAUUGAAGCACAAUCUCGACACAAAAGUCGUCUUGCCAAUUGCCAAUGUUCUUGAGGUGCAUACGAUUCUCGAUAAGAUCGACGGUGACGAGGAAUUUGCAAAAUCGGUUGAGAAACUAGAAAAACUUUUUGAAGGGUUAGAUAUGCUUCCGUCUCCGCGGUUGAUGACAUCACAUUUACCAGCUUAUUUGCUGCCCAAGGAAAUAUGGACUGUUGGACCAAAACUCAUUCACAUCAGUCGUGAUGUCAAAUAUAUUGCUGUCUCAUUUUAUCAUAUGAUUCGUAAUCGUAUAGUUUUUCCUUUCAAGGGCAGUGCACACGAAUUCUCCCAUAGCUUAUACAAUGAUUACAUCAACUCGGCACCGUACCAUCGGCAUGUUCAAAGCUUUCGUCAACUCCAUCACUUGGAUCAUCUUCUUUUGAUAACGAAUAAAGAAUUAUCAGCAAAUACGCUGGCCUUUGUUAAGCACGUGAGCGAAUUUUUAGAUUGCACAUCUAAUGAUAAAGAGCUACAUCAAUUGAUUGAACACACUUCAUUUAAGAAAAUGCAAAGAAAUCUCCGGAUGUUACCGUCAUUCAAAAUCAAACCGGACUCUGACAGUCUAUUUAUGUUCCUCGGGAUAAAUUUAUCCUAA